AUGGCUGCUGCUACAGCCCACCCCUUCGAGCGACAAGUCGCCGAUAUUCAGAUAUCGAAAUCUGAUGUCAACAAUCUGGUCAUGGACUACCUGAUCACCGAAGGCUAUCCAUCAGCAGCGGAAAAGUUUGCCGCCGAAGCCAACAUUCAGCCUAGGACUGAUUUCAGCUAUAUUCAAGAGAGGGUCCAGAUUCGUGAAUCAAUACACCGUGGAGAUUUACAGGCAGCUAUCGAGCUUAUAAACGACCUCAAUCCAGAACUCUUGGAUACCGACAAAAAGCUUCACUUCUCUCUUCUCCGGCUCCAACUCGUCGAGCUGAUCCGCCAAAGUUUCACUUCCUCAGAUCCUAGCUUGGUGGGCAAAGCCAUAGAAUUUGCUCAAAACAACCUGGCACCCUACGCCCCGUUAGAUGCACAAUAUAAAACAGACCUCGAAAGGGCCAUGGCACUUCUGAUCGUCCCCAAAGAAUCAUGGACUCUAGCCGCUGUAUCGGGAUCAUCUGGCGCAGUGACCUCACAAAUUCAAAACGAUUUCGGUGCUCUGGCAGAGUUAGUUGACCCUUCAUUAAGACGCAAAGUUGCAAAGGACGUCAACGAAGCAAUCCUGCAGUCGCAAGAUCAAAGAAGAGAGGCCAAUAUCAGAUAUCUCGUGCGAGCUCGCGCAUGGGCGGAAAAACUCGCUCGCGAAAAGAAGAAAAUCGACCUACCGGAAAACCUUACGCUGGGACUGGAUGACGAAGGGGCUUCCGGCCGUAGUCAAAACGGCCACAAUGGCGACACAGAAAUGACAGAAAACGGGUCCGAAGACAACGCCGCAAGUGGCGAUGCUGAUUUGGCCCGAUAUACGAACAUCCCGUCAUGA